AUCCGGCAGUAUUGUUUAUUAUUUUUGGUGGUGCUGCCCGAGCUUCCUGAAAUUCCUGAUUUACGUGCUUCCUAUAAGGAAGGAAUCCAGUGACUUUUUAUAAUGUCUUCAGAUGAGGAGGAUUACAUGUCGGAUAAGUUUUUGGCGCAAAAUAUCCCAAAUGUCCGGCCAGGAUUGAUCAGGAACCGAGAGCGUCAGAGGGAAGUGGAAGUAGAAGCGAAGAAGGCCAAGUUUGAUGAGGAAACAAGGGCCAGGCAUAAGCCCAGCCACGUUAGGGAGAAAGAGCGUCUUCAGGAGGGACUUAGCAGUGCUCUGAGUACAGAAAACAAAGGAUUUGCCCUUCUGGCCAAGAUGGGAUACAAGCAGGGUGAAUCAAUUGGUAGAUCCGGAAGUCAGGGAAUUGUAGAGCCAAUUGGGAUCACUGUAAAAACUGACCGAGGGGGUUUAGGACGCGAUGCAGCACUCAAGCAACUGGCAGAAAAGAAGCAGGAAAUAAUGAGGCAGAGAUUACUGGAAAGAUCAAAGACUCAGCCAGUGUCUGCUGAAGAAUUUCGCAAGAGAAUGUUCCAGAAAGCGGAAAAUCGACAAAUUGAGGGCGAUUUGGCGAAAUGUCAGAGAACGUGUGAGAGGCUUGAUCUUUCGCUGGACGUUGCUGAACCAGAAAUGGAAUGGUUCUGGCCACCAAAGCCCAAAGAGCAGAAGAACAAAGAAGAAGACGCCGACGAGGAUGAAGAAGAUGAAGAGGAGGAAACAGAAGAAGACUUUGAGCCGGCUGAGAAGCUCGAUAUGCUGAUCAAUUACCUGAGAGCCAUGCACCUCUACUGCCACUGGUGCGGUGUAAAGUACACAGAUGUGGAUGAUCUGACGGGCAAUUGUCCAGGAGCGACGAAAGAUGAUCACUGAAUUUCGUCAGAGGUAACAACCAAAACCAAUUAAUUUGAUACAAAACGUUUUCCUCUUUGAGAUUGAUGUAAUGAUUUGAUUUGGAUGCUGUGAAUGUUGGAGCGCAUCUAACAAAUUUUAAUUAUUUCCCAUCUCAUUGAGUGACCAGAGUAUUUCGUGCGUCAGGACAGACCUGUUUAAUUUGAUAAUUUCAUAAAUCUCUUUUUUUUAUGUUAAAUUAAGUAAAAAAGCUUUUUUCAUUGUGAUUAUUGUAGAAGUAAAAUGAAGAACUUUUUUUUUGAAAAUAAAAUUACAACAAAAAAAAACGGAAAAA